CAAAGACACACAUCGUCACACAAUCACUUGCGCACGCUCUGUCUCAGUCAUGUAAAUCGCUCAAGUCGGACCUCUUUCCUGUUUUUCACUAGUUCCGUGUUUGCAUAGAAUGGGCAGAGGAGGAAGUCCAAGAAGAGAGAAAGAGAGGGAAAAUGAGAAGGAGCUUUUAGUGGGACUUUCAGGAAGAUUUUAGGUGUUACGUGUUUCUUUGUGCCUGAAGCCAUGGGGGCUGCGAGAGGUGUCGAUAGGGAAAGUGCUUUCAAAGAAAUGGACUGACAAUUUUUUAUUUUCUUAAAAGAGGGUUUGUCUUUUGGAUUAAAUAGUUUCAACCUGAAAAACAAGAACUUUUCCUGAUGGAUUUUAAAGGACAACCCUGGUCUGAAACCUCAAGAGCUGAGGAACAAUAGAAAACACUCUCUCACAUCUCUCACCUGGGAAAGAUACGGGCUUGAAUGGAACAUGGAAGCACUCAGAGAAUCAUUUCUUCAUUUGACUUUUCAGAUGUCAACCUAUAAGAGAGCUACAUUAGAUGAGGAGGAACUGGUGGACUCUACCAGUGACGAUGUCUACGCAUCACCCAUGCAGGUGAACUUUUUGCCUGGCCGGAGCAGCAUGUAUUGGGUGGACAAGACACAAAAAGAGAAGGGAUUGCUGUUUUUAGUGUGUCUCCUGUCAGUCGCCCUGUUCAUAUCACUCAUCUCUGCUGGAGUCUUUUAUAAUCAAGCUCAUCCAGGCCUGUGUCUUUCAGAGCCAUGCAUUACUGUCACCAGCUCUGUCCUGGGAGCACUGGACAGAUCUGUGGACCCUUGCCAUGACUUCUACAACUUUGCUUGUGGGGGCUGGGUUAAGAACAACCCUCUUCCAGAGGGGAAGUCCCGCUGGGGUCCUUUUAGCAACUUGUGGGAGCACAACAUGCUUGUGAUGAAACGUUUGUUAGAAAACACAACUAUGAAAGGAUUGAGUAAGGCUGAGGAAAAAGCCCAGCGAUACUUUCAGGCCUGCAUGAAUGAGUCAAAGAUUGAAGAAUUAGGAGCAAAGCCUCUGCAGCAGCUGAUCAGCCAGAUAGGAGGGUGGGCUCUGACUGAACCCUGGGACAAGGACAAUUUCCAAGAAGUUCUCCGAACUGUCUCUGCCAGCUUGAGGACCUCCCCUUUCUUCACUGUGUUUGUUAGCACAGACUCCAAAAACUCUAACAGCAAUGUCAUUCAGGUGGAUCAGUCUAGCCUGGGACUGCCUUCAAGGGAUUACUACCUCAACAAAACAGCCAAUGAAAAGUAUCUCACAGCGUACCUCAACUUCCUGGUGGAGUUAGGAGUUCUCCUGGGUGGCUCGGAAGAGACAUCAAAGACGCUCAUGAAAGAAAUUGUGGAUUUUGAAACCACCCUGGCUAACAUCACAGUGCCUCUGGAGGAGAGGCGAGACGAGGAGCUAAUUUACCAUAAAGUACAGGCGAAAGACCUGAAGGAUCUGGCUCCUGUGAUUGACUGGAUGCCUUAUCUGACAGAAGUGUUCACACCUGUGACACUUAAUGAGUCAGAGCCUGUUGUUGUCUAUGCCAAAGAAUACCUCCAGAAAAUUUCUGAGCUCAUAUCAAACACAAAUAAAAGCCUACUCAACAACUACAUGAUAAUGAAGGUGGUGAGAAAAAUGGUUUCCGUUUUAGACCAAAGAUUCCAAGAUGCAGAGCAACGUUUCCUUGAAGUCAUGUAUGGGACUAAAAAGAGCUGUACUCCACGUUGGAAGCUGUGUGUCAGCGACACAGACAGUGCCUUGGGCUUUGCUCUCGGUGCCCUCUUUGUCAAGGACACUUUUGCAGAGGACAGCAAAGCCAUUGCUGAAGAAAUGGUUGCUGAAAUUAAAGGGGCAUUUGAGGAUAGCUUGCAAGAUGUGAGCUGGAUGGAUUCAGAUACAAAAAAAGCUGCAAAGGAAAAGGCAGAUGCUAUUUACAACAUGGUUGGAUAUCCGGAAUUUAUUAUGAAAGCUACAAAGCUGGACAAAGUAUUUAAUGAUUUUAUGGUGGUGUCAGAUUUUUACUUCCAGAAUGUCAUGCAGUACUACAAUUUUUCAGCCAGAGUGACUGCAGACCAGCUGAGGAAAGCACCCAACAGAAACCAGUGGAGCAUGACCCCUCCGACUGUAAAUGCUUAUUACAACCCGACAAAAAAUGAGAUGGUUUUGCCAGCUGGGAUCCUGCAGGCUCCAUUCUAUAGUCGAUCGUGGCCCAAAGCUCUCAACUUUGGUGGAAUUGGAGUUGUCAUGGGUCAUGAACUGACUCAUGCAUUUGAUGACCAAGGGAGGGAAUAUGACAAAGAUGGAAAUUUGCGCCCCUGGUGGAAGAAUUCGUCUGUGGAGGCCUUUAAGAGGCAGACCCAGUGCAUGGUGGAGCAGUAUGGCAAUUAUAGCAUUAAUAAAGAGCCUCUGAAUGGAAAACACACACUGGGAGAGAACAUUGCUGACAACGGGGGAUUAAAAGCUGCUUAUAAGGCCUAUGUGAACUGGAUCAAAAAGAAUGGCGAGGAAGCAACUCUGCCGGCUCUGGGAAUGACAAAUCAUCAGCUGUUUUUUGUUGGAUUUGCACAGGUAUGGUGUGCUGUUAGGACACCUGAGAGCUCACAUGAGGGUGUGAUCACCGAUCCCCACAGCCCAUCAAGAUUUCGAGUCAUCGGUACCAUCUCCAACUCUCGGGAAUUCUCAAAGCACUUUGGCUGUAAAGCAGAUGCUCCAAUGAACCCAAAACAUAAGUGCGAGCUUUGGUGACACCUCGCCGUCUAGAACUGUCUUUCAACAAAUGGUGAAGUGGGUACAGAGAAAAUACCACAAUACCGACAAUACUGAAGUCUCUUUGGAUGAAAAUACAAGAACCACUAAAACCCUUAAAGUCGUCCCACUUAACUUGUCAGCUUGUCAGGAUCCUUAUCUGGACAACAUGUGCCUGCUACAUGUGGAAGAUCGCAACGUUUGCUGCUCACCACAAGAACUAUUAGUGUAGAAAAUAGCUUUCCUCAGUUUAAAUGUAGCUAUAAAUCUGUUUUCUACACUAGAAUCCCAUUACAUAGUUAAAAAAACAGCAGGGAUUGUUCAGAUUAUGCAAACUGCCUGUUCUACAAGUGACAAAGAAACAAAGUGAUGUUUCUUUCUUUUCGUAUGUAUAAUAUCUUAAACUAUGCUUGGAUCUGCUCUGGUUUAUAUAUAUAUAUAUA